AUGUCCAAGCGAAAAGCAGUACUGAGCCAUGUGCCUCAGGAAUCUAUACUGGCGCCAAUACUAUUUCAUAUCUUCAUCAGCGACACGGGCAGUGGGAUUGAGUGCACCCUCAGCAAGUUGGCAGGUGACCCCAAGCUGAGUGGUGUGGUCGAUUCACUAGAGGGAAAGGAUGCCAUCCAGAGGGACCUUGGCAUGUCGAAGCAAUCCCACCUGGACUACUGCAUCCAGCCUCAGGGUCUCCAGUACAAGGAAGACAUGGAUCUGUUGGAGCGAGUCCAGAGACAUUAUGUGAAGAAUAAAGUUAGUGAGAAAAAUGAGGAGUUAAGGAAGAAAGGCAAAAAUGGAGUUCUGUGGAAACCUACUCAUGACCGAAGCAGCUUGGCAAAGGUGUUGGAAAGCAGCGUGGCAGAAAAGGCCCUGGGGGUCCUGGUGGACACCAAGUCCACCAGGAGACAGCAAGCUGGGCACUGCCCUGAGCCCCACCAGCGUGUCCCAGGCGAGACCUCUCCUGGCCUCGGCGGGAUGGGCCAGGUGAACUGCUGCCGCGGCCCCAGGGACGACCCUGACCCCGUGCAGCAGUGCACGCCUGUCCCAGCAUCACCCCAGCCGCUGCUCCGCCAGCGCGUGCGGCUGAGCCAGGGCCGUGCGACGAGGAAGAGGGACCUCCUCCUCUUCGGCGACGCCUUGGUCAUCGCCAAGCCCAACUCCCGGGCGCUGAAGGAGCUCUGGCUCAGCGCGCUCCUUGGGCCACCAGAAGGAGUGGAAGGAGCCCGGCUGACCCAGCUGCCCUCCAUCAAGCUCCUGCUGCAGGAGCUGAGCGGCCGCAAUGCCGUGAGUGUCCCUCCUGCCUCCGCUCUGCCCAGCCCCGAGGCUGCUCCAGCCCAGCAUCAGGCUGGUGCAGAGCAGCGGCCACCUCCCGUCCCCUCCGGCGGCAGCAGCGAACGUGGCCUUGGCCCCUCGGCUGCAGGCGGGACCCGCAGGAGGAGGAGGGGGCUGCCCUGGCCCUUCGCACGGCGGCGAGGCAGCUCGGCCGCUGCAGAGGCAGCCGGGCAGUCGGGCUCUGGCGGCAGGGGGGCUCUCUUCGGCCAGCCCCUGGCAGCUCUCUGCAGCCAGGACGGCACGCUGCCCCAGCCCAUCCAGGACCUGCUGGCUCUCCUGGCCGAGCACGGGCCAUCCACGGAGGGGAUCUUCCGGCUGGCGGUCAAGGAGCACGUCUCCCGGGAGCUGAGGGAGGCCCUCGACAGCGGAGCAGAGGUCCACCUCGAAAGCCAGCCUGUGCACGUGCUGGCCGUCCUCCUGAAGGACUUCCUGCGGAAGAUCCCCUCUAAGCUCCUCGGGGCAGAGCUGUACGAGGAGUGGAUGAGCGCCCUGCAGAAGACCAGCAGGCAGGAGAAGCUGGCAGCACUCAGGGAGGUGGCCGGCAAGUUGCCCCAGGCCAACCUCCUGCUCCUCAAGAGCUUGCUGUCCCUGCUGCAAAGGAUCAGCAGAAACGCGGCCAGCAGCAGGAUGACUGCCGGCAACCUGGCCAUCUGCGUGGGGCCGAACCUGCUCAGCCCACCCGAGGAGCAGACGCUGCCCCUGGACGCCCUGGUGCAGGUGACGGGGCAGGUGCCUCCAGUCGCUGCAGAAAGCCAACACCUGAAGAGCUCCUCUGGGGAGAGAAGGUAAAAUGAGCUCGCUUUGAUUAAGAGCAGGAGUGGUUCAAGUUUG